CGGGCUGCGCGCGGUGACUGGUGGCGGCCCGGGCGGCAGCUGCCGGCGUAAUAGCGCGGUCGACGGCUUACAGAAGUUCCGUGGAGGCGGUGGUGGCGCCGACGACGUGUUGGGCGGCGGGAGCGGGCCAGGAACUUGGCGCUCAGCAUGCCAACCGUGGAGGAGCUGUACCGCAACUACGGCAUCCUCGCCGAUGCCACGGAGCAAGUGGGCCAGCAUAAAGAUGCCUACCAAGUGAUACUGGAUGGCGUGAAAGGCGGCACCAAGGAGAAGCGAUUAGCAGCUCAGUUUAUUCCAAAAUUCUUUAAGCAUUUUCCAGAACUGGCUGAUUCUGCUAUCAAUGCACAGUUAGACCUCUGUGAGGAUGAAGAUGUGUCGAUACGACGCCAAGCAAUUAAAGAGCUUCCUCAAUUUGCCACAGGAGAAAAUCUUCCAAGAGUAGCAGAUAUACUGACCCAACUUCUGCAGACAGAUGACUCUGCAGAAUUCAACUUGGUGAACAAUGCUCUGUUGAGUAUUUUUAAGAUGGAUGCAAAAGGAACGUUAGGUGGCUUAUUUAGCCAGAUUCUUCAAGGCGAAGACAUUGUUAGAGAACGAGCAAUUAAAUUCUUGUCCACAAAACUCAAGACACUCCCAGAUGAAGUGCUAACUAAGGAAGUAGAGGAGCUCAUUCUCACGGAGUCCAAAAAGGUCCUAGAAGAUGUGACUGGUGAAGAAUUUGUUCUGUUCAUGAAGAUAUUGUCUGGGUUGAAAAGCUUACAGACAGUGAGUGGAAGACAGCAGCUAGUGGAGCUGGUGGCAGAACAGGCUGACCUGGAGCAGACCUUCAGCCCCUCAGACCCUGACUGUGUGGACAGGCUCCUGCAGUGCACGCGCCAGGCUGUGCCUCUCUUCUCUAAAAAUGUCCAUUCUACAAGGUUUGUGACAUACUUCUGUGAGCAGGUUCUCCCUAAUCUCAGUACCCUGACUACCCCAGUAGAAGGUCUGGACAUACAGUUGGAGGUAUUAAAAUUAUUGGCAGAGAUGAGUUCAUUUUGUGGUGACAUGGAAAAAUUAGAAACAAAUUUAAGAAAACUAUUUGAUAAGUUAUUGGAGUACAUGCCUCUCCCUCCAGAAGAAGCAGAAAAUGGAGAGAAUGCCGCCGGCAACGAGGAGCCCAAGCUGCAGUUCAGUUACGUGGAGUGCUUACUGUACAGUUUUCACCAGCUAGGCCGGAAACUUCCAGAUUUCUUAACAGCCAAACUCAAUGCAGAAAAGCUCAAAGAUUUCAAAAUUAGGUUGCAGUACUUUGCACGAGGCCUUCAGGUUUAUAUCAGACAACUUCGCUUGGCUCUCCAGGGUAAAACAGGCGAGGCUUUAAAAACAGAGGAGAACAAGAUAAAGGUUGUUGCAUUGAAAAUAACAAACAAUAUCAAUGUUUUAAUCAAGGAUCUCUUCCACAUUCCUCCUUCUUAUAAGAGCACCGUAACAUUGUCCUGGAAACCUGUACAGAAAGUUGAGAUUGGGCAAAAGAGAACCAGUGAAGACACAAGUUCAGGUUCACCACCCAAGAAAUCACCAGGAGGACCAAAAAGGGAUGCUAGACAGAUUUAUAAUCCUCCUAGUGGGAAGUACAGCAGCAAUUUGGGCAACUUUAAUUAUGAGCAGAGAGGAGCCUUAAGGGGAAGUAGAGGUGGCCGAGGUUGGGGAACACGAGGAAAUCGUAGUCGAGGAAGACUCUACUGAGUGCAACAUCACAUUCUUCAGCAUUGUCAUGAGCUUAAUCUACUUAAAUCUACUACUCAUUGGAUUGCCGGGGAUGUC